AUGCGUACGGGGGGCCACCACCGUAAACUUAGGUCACAGGAGACAUUCCGGUGGUCGGUCGGUGGUUCGGGUUUGUUAGAAAAAUUCAUUCGUUUAUUUUGACCUGAAACAAAGUUAUUGAAUAUCAAACUGGCUCAUCAGUUUUGGUUCUCCUUUCCGCCACCAGGGGCGUCUGGUGGAAGUUCUUCAAGGCAAGCAGACGAAGAGAAGCAAAAAGAACGACAGAAAAAUGAAUCUUCGGACCGAGAGCAACACCACAAGCAACAGAAGCUUGAUGCCGCUAAUUGCAAGCGUGAGGCCCGAGAAAUACGUCAACUGGACAAUGAGCUGUUGAAUCAGCGCAGGGCCCAGGAGAGGGAACGCCAGGCACAGCUAGGAUCGGAAAGGCAAGCCGCAGCCUUGGCGGCUGCAACAACGGGCGGAACUGUCGGUGCCACGUCUCCUCCGCCAUCGAACAGUUCCGGUGGUGACAGACUGUACCGGCAGACGGAGACCUCGUGCGUAGAGGGAAACACGGCGACAACGCCCGGAAGGACACCACCGACCGCCGUAGGAGAAGAAAAGUCACCCGGUGUCACCGGUGUCAAAUCACCGCUUCUCGAGGACACGCCAUUCGGGGCUGUGACCUUAACUCUUAUGGACAAUUUGCCUAGCAGCACGCCAGCACCAGUUACACCUAAAGAGGAUGAACAACGCGGUUCCGGCUUUGUGGUAGCUUCGUCACACAAAACACCGCCGGAAAAAGGAUUCCCGGAGGCAACACACCUGCAAGACUUUCCCAAAGGUCGCCAGGAUUCCACUGAAAGCGAAAUCUCGACAAUAUACUCUCAGUCGCAGUCGGACGCCUGCCACAAGAUGAUGUGCCGUGCUCCUAUAGCUUCACUUGAUUGUAUGGAGGAGUUUAGUGGCACGACAGCUCAACUUGAUUUCGGUCGUUCUACAAGCUUGGGGUCCAAUCCGGCCAUACAAAUACGCAGCAAUGCGACCACCACGCCUGGUUUGCGUUACAAAAAUCUUGGCAAAAGUGGACUGCGCGUUUCGAACGUCGGCCUCGGCACAUGGCCCAUAUUCUCACCGGGUGUAUCGGAGGAGCAAGCCGAGGCUAUCCUUCGGCUGGCCGUGGAUAGCGGAAUCAAUUUAUUCGAUCUAUCCGAAGCGCAUUCAGGUACACGCGCUGAAAUCGAGCUUGGAAAGAUCGUUCAAAAGGCAGGAUGGAAACGUACCAGCUUCGUUAUAAUAACAAAAAUUUAUUGGAGCACAAAAUCCGAGGAGCGAGGAUUAUCUAGAAAACACAUCAUUGAAAGUGUCCAAGCGAGUCUGCAAAGGUUGCAGCUGCCGUACAUCGACGUCAUACUGGUGCACAAGGCAGAUUCGAUGUGUCCAAUGGAAGAAAUCGUCCGUGCAAUGAAUUACGUUAUUUCUCAAGGAUGGUCCAUGUAUUGGGGAACCGCUCGCUGGUCUCCGGUAGAGAUAAUGGAGGCUUACACCAACUGCCGGCAGUUCAAUUGCGUAACGCCCAUCGUGGAGCAAUCAGAAUAUCACAUGUUUUGUCGAGAAAAGGCCGAACUCUACCUGCCAGAAAUGUACAACAAAAUAGGUGUGGGAUUUAUGGCCUGGGGUCCAUUGUCGAUGUGCUUGGGAGACGCCCAAAGCGGGGAAAAGCUCUGGAUCCCGAAAGGCUCGCUGAAGAGCAAAAGCCAAAGCUACUCCUGGAUAGAGGACGAAGUAAACAAAGAAGAUUUGCAGGACGAAGCGCGGCGAUUAUACGACAAAGCGAGGGACAUUAGCAACUUAGCGGAAAAGCUGGGCUGCAAUGCCGUGCAGCUAUCCAUAGCGUGGUCCUUGAAGCAUGAACCAGUACAAUGUUUGCUGCUCGGUGCAACCUCACCGGAACAACUGCAUCAAAGCUUGCAAGCGCUACAGUUACUGCCACGGCUAUCGACCGGUGUGAUGCUGGAAAUAGAGCGCAUCCUCGAAAACAAACCAGUACGUCCACCGCCGAUAUCCACGCUUGCGCUUCGGUGACAAUCAGCCUGCCCCCCGGGGCCUCCUAGCGAAAGCGGAGUACCUUGCGGGGCAGAAUCACCAAAAGAGGAAGACAUCAGCAUGGGUGAGGAGCAGAAAGAAUCGCAAAAGAUUAGCUUCUGCGAAAUUCAGUGACAAAACGAGAAUUUAGUAACCAGUAACCAAUUUGUAAACGU